AUGGAAAUCCAUGUUGAAAUAACUAAAGCAAUUGGGCUAGCAUUUGCGGUUAUAAUUCUUAGAUAUGUAAUCCAGACAAUCUAUAAUGUGUUCUAUGGUCCGGUGAGUAACUUUCCUGGACCAAAGAUAUCCUUAUGGAGCUCCCUUCCAUCAUUUGUCAAAGCAGUUCGGGGCCAAAGGUGGCGUUGGGUCCAACUUGAAUUAUCACCCAAAUAUGGGAAAGUGUGGCGGCAAGCUCCAAACGUACUCUUCGUUGCUGAUAAACAUAUUGCCAAGGAGAUUAUUAUUAACAAGCGUCGAUUACUCUCACCAGCGUUUUCGGUUAAAUAUAUUCGAUCCCUUGAACCGUUGAUCGCAAAGUGUGUUCGUGAAUUGACCGAAAAUAUUAGCUCUGCGAUAAAAGAAAAUGCACCAAAUGAAGAAGCGGUCAUAAAUAUUUACAAAUUGAUCUGCCAUACAACCUUGGAUGCAAUUGGGGAGACUGCUUUUGGAGGCAGUUUUAAUAUGAUUCAAAAUGGAAAUCAUCCACUACCAGGUGAAGUCAUGCGUGAGACAAGUAGACGCAUUGUGACUCAACAUAUGCAAUUACAAGACGGUCUCUCAAAGGAAGUCCAAAUGAAAUCGAGUAAUAUUAGGCACACCACAUUGUUAUAUAUGAGAACAGACUUUGAAUGGGCCCACGCUAACAGUUUGAUUUCAAAAUUACAUAUAACUCAUUGUUGUUUCCACAAACAGAGAAAUCUAUUCCCUAUACUAAAACCGUUUGCAAAAAGCAAUGGAUAUACUUACGAAUUUUCAAAGAAUCUUAUUGACAAACGGCGCCAAGAAACCGGUACUAAAAGGAAAGAUAUUCUUCAGAUUAUUCUUGAUGCGGGCGAAAAAAAAGAACUAUCAGACAUCGACAUUUAUGAACAAAUCAGUGAAUUCAUCAUUGCUGGGAGUGAUACAACGAGUUUUAGCACUUUCUUUACUAUAUUAAUGCUUGUAAAAAAUCCGGAUAAGUUGGACAAACUUAUGGAUGAAUUGGACAAAGAAUUUUAUGAUUUACCAAGAGACGAAAUACCAGAUCAUGACAGACUAAAGACAUUACCAUAUUUGAACGCUGUCAUAAAUGAAGCGAUGAGACUAUGGCCCAUUACAUUGGAUGGAGGUAGCGGACGUGUUGUCCCAGAAGAUACCAUUAUUAACGGAGUAUUCUUCCCCAAGGACGUUCUGAUAGUUGUCAACUUCUAUGCUCUGCACCGUUCUUCUGAAUAUUGGGGCGAGAAUGUAGACGAAUUUGUUCCCGAGCGUUGGUUCGAGCCAGACGUACCACGGGAUGCAUUUUAUCCGUUUUCAGCCGGUUCACGAAACUGUAUCGGACAAAACUUUGCAUGGCUAGAAAUGCGUCUUAUUAUCGUGUCACUUUUCAGGCGCUUCAGAUUUGAAGAUAUUCCAGGGCAGGAUCACUGGGAUAUUGAACAAUAUCUAACACCCAGUCUUGCGAAAAACGAGUAUAAUAUUCGUGCAAGUAUUCGAUCUUAA